AUGUACCCUGCACUCGAGCUUCUCGGACGUCGCAUGACGGUCAUCAUUGCCGAUACCAUCUUUAUCAUCGGCGCCGUCUUCUGCACUGUUCCUACCCACCAGCUCGGUCUUAUUUAUGCCGGCCGCUUCUUCACUGGGAUGGGAGUUGGAGGUAUCGCAGCCGUCUCGCCAAUAUAUAUUGCUGAGAUUUCCCCACCCGCCAUUCGUGGUCGUCUUACCGGAUUUUUCGAGUCAUUCUACCAGACCGGAGCCGUCAUUGGAUUCUGGAUCAACUAUGGCAUCGUACACAACAUGGAUCGUACAAAGUCCACCGCUUGGAGAAUUCCAAUGGCCGUACAGCUUAUCCCAGCCGGACUACUCGCCAUCAUGAUCCCAUUCUUGAAGGAGUCGCCUGUAUGGUUGCUCAAGCGCGGUCGUGAUGCCGACGCUCUCAAGGUCUACAGCUUUUUCCGUAACCUGCCGGAGGACCACGAAUACAUCCAGCAGGACGUGCAGUUUGUCAAGACUGAGAUUGCCAAGGAGCGAGCUCAUCUUGUUGGGGAUGAGAAGCAUGCGACUUUCGGUCGCAUGAUCAAGAGUGCCGCCAAGGAGGGAAGCACAAAGGGCAUGCGCAACCGCUUCCUACUCGUCUUCCUCAUGUUCAUGUGGCAGGCGUGGAGUGGUGCCGCGGCCAUCCAAUUACUACUCACCAACCAUCUUCACGUCGAUCGGACUGAGCGACGUCACGCUUUGGACUGGUGUUUACGAGUAUCAUUAAAGCCGUUGGAUCUAUCAUAUUCUUCACCUGGUUCAUCGAUAAGUUUGGCCGCAAGUGGCCCUGGAUUGUAUCGUCCUUGA